CCGGUUUAAGCUGACCCACAGACUCAUAAAAUCCAACGGGGCCUGGGUACCCUCUCCGGGGACACCCCCACCCUUGAACCAAACGUGCCAAGUACUUGCUCAUGUCAAGGACCCAGCUGCUCUCUUGGGGAGCAAGAAAGUGAGCGUUUUGUCUCCACCUUCACUCUGCAAAUCCAUGAGACACUCAGGAAAGUAUGCUGAGGGCUGCCAGUCUGCAUGGAACUCAUUCAUUUCCGGACUGGAAAGCCUGAGUGGAUGUAAUACCAACCUAAACCGCAGAGAGCAAGAAGGUUCCGAAUAAUAACAGGGUCUCUGCGUUCAUGAUCAGGGUGUUGACAGAAAGGAUGUUCAAAUAUCUUCGGAAAUGGUUUGAUACUCGCAUUUUUGGGCAUUCCCGCCAGAGAGCGAGGCUUGUCUCCAAAGAUGGAAGGUGCAACAUAGAGUUUGGCAAUGUGGACACACAAUCGAGGUUUAUCUUCUUUGUAGACAUUUGGACGACUGUGCUUGACCUCAAAUGGAGAUACAAAAUGACCAUCUUCAUCACUGCCUUCUUGGGGAGUUGGUUCCUCUUUGGUCUUCUGUGGUAUGCGGUAGCCUACCUUCACAAGGAUCUCCCAGAGUUCCAUCCUUCCAUCAAUCAUACCCCGUGCGUGGAGAACAUUAAUGGCUUAACCUCAGCUUUUCUGUUUUCUCUGGAAACUCAAGUGACCAUCGGGUAUGGAUUCAGGUGUGUGACAGAACAAUGCGGCACUGCCAUUUUUCUGCUUAUCUUCCAAUCCAUCCUUGGAGUCAUCAUCAAUUCUUUCAUGUGUGGCGCCAUCUUAGCCAAGAUCUCCAGAUCCAAAAAACGUGCCAAGACCAUUACCUUCAGCAAGAAUGCAGUGAUCAGCAAGAGGGGUGGGAAACUCUGUCUCCUAAUACGUGUGGCUAAUCUUAGGAAGAGUCUCCUUAUUGGCAGUCACAUAUAUGGAAAGCUUCUGAAGACUACAGUCACUCCUGAAGGAGAGACCAUUAUUUUGGACCAGAUCAAUAUCAACUUCGUGGUUGAUGCUGGUAAUGAAAAUUUAUUCUUCAUCUCUCCCCUGACCAUUUACCAUAUCAUUGAUCACAAUAGCCCUUUCUUCCACAUGGCAGCAGAAACCCUUCCCCAGCAGGACUUUGAAUUAGUGGUGUUUUUAGAUGGCACAGUGGAAUCAACCAGUGCUACCUGCCAAGUCCGGACAUCCUAUGUUCCAGAAGAGGUGCUUUGGGGCUACCGCUUUGCUCCCAUAGUAUCCAAGACCAAAGAAGGGAAAUACCGAGUGGAUUUCCACAACUUUAGCAAGACGGUAGAAGUGGAGACCCCUCACUGUGCCAUGUGCCUCUAUAAUGAGAAAGAUGCUAGAGCAAGGCUGAAGAGAGGCUAUGACAAUCCCAACUUCAUCUUGUCAGAAGUCAAUGAAACAGAUGACACCAAAAUGUAGCUGUGGUUUUUCAACAUGAGUAAAGCAAAGUCUCUAAAAUUCCUCAUGACUUAGAAGCACUGAAGCAACUAAUGAGUUGGGAAUGUGAAAGUGGGACAAGAGCCUUCAAAGUCUACCAGUACAAUGAAUCCCUUAAGUGUGAACCUGUAAGAUACAUUGCUCUACAAAGCAACUGUGUUAGAGCAUUCGGUGUAUUUCUGUGAAGCUGGAACAUGGCAGCCUGAGAGGAGCUCACUUGUAAUCUUCAGUAUGAUUAUUUGAGAUUGUGUGAUGUCAGUGGAAAUGGACAAAAUCAUCAAAAGUUUCAUGUACAGGCCAAACAAGAUCUUUUUAAAAUCUCCUUCAAAAAGUUAUGAAAACAGAAGCAGGGAAGAACCUAUGCUCAUUUGAUUGUACUGAAAUGAAAGAAACCACUUCUAUUUUAAAACUGACUUUUAUCAAAGGAAACAUUUACUCCUGUGUUGGGGGAGAUGAACUAACCAUUAGAGAAAGAACAAGUGUGUGGCUCUUAUGUCCUGAAGCUCCGGUUGAGUUUCAGGACAAGCAAAGAAAGACACAGCCCAUAGAUUCUGUCUCUAAACACAUCCAAGGUGGACAGGAGCUCUGAAACACAAACCUGUUUUGUGGCAAAUCCAGGUUCCAGGGCCCCAGUUGGGCUUUGGCUGAAAUUAUUUCAGACAUCAGAUCAGCUCUCUAGAAUCUCAUUAAACACCUCCCUGCAAGACAGAAGGCUGGAUUUGAAAAUGGUGGUGGGUAUUGAAAAUGGCGAUGUAUUGGAUGACAGUAGGACCCACAAAUCUGUUAUUAUUUCCUGCUCUUCCAAGAAGGCAGUGAAGAGUUUGAAGGUGUCAAGUCAGUCUAGAAAGUGCUGCUAAUACUUCUGAGAAAAACGUUUCCUGUGUUUCUCUGCCUAGGGUUUGUACUGAAAUGCUGUUACUAAAGGAGAAGGGUGAGAGGGAAAACAGUGAGAUGUGGCCCCACACUGAAUCUCCUCUCUCUGAGGGCUGACUCCACAUCCUACUAAAAGAGAUCAAUAUAAAAUAAGGAUCUAUUUCUGUGAAUGUCUCAUUUAAUUCCCCACCUACACUAUUUUGAAUGUAUCCUGGAAAGGAUGGUAUGCAAAACUGCUUAGAAAUCAAAUGUUUUCAGUGUGUUGAUUAAUAUAUUAAGUCUUGGAAGCCAUGCAUGCAUUUUCCAAAAGCGUCAGUUAUUAUGCACUCAUUGUGACAGACCAGUGGGUGAAAUCUUCUUUCUGA